AUGUCGCCAUAUAUUCAAAAUAUUUCUCCUUCCUAUGUCAUACGUAGCUUACUACCAAAACCAUGCGGCACAUACAUUUUACGAUAUCCAACGGCAAAUGAUGAAUUGAUUUCAUUAAUUAGAAUCGUAGAUCAUUCACAAGAGACUUCUACUACCCAUACUUAUGUUAUUUUAUCAAUACGUGUUGAUGAAACUGUCUAUAAAUAUUACAUACAACAUUAUCGAGUACCUUAUGUUGAAGAAAAUAUGUAUAAAGAUUCACAAAAACUAUUAGAAAUAUAUAAUCGAGAACAAAAUAACUUGAAAAAUAGCAAGUUUACACCGUUACAGCAUGAACUAAUUCUUCCACCAGAAGAUGAAAGUUGGUUUUUAGAUAGAAAAUAUUUUCAAGAUAUUAAUUUUGAUAGAAUACGAUGUGCUGGCAUGAAUAAUCAAGGUACAUCGACAGCAGUUUGGCAAUGUGAAAGACAAAACGAUAUUAAAGUAUUUAUCAAACGUUUCAAAAAAGAUAAUUCAUACUUUCGACAUGAACUUUCUUUACUGAAAGAGUUAUGUCAUUUCUCUAUUAUUACACUUUAUGGACAGUUUUCGGACAAUCAUUAUAGCUAUUUAGUAUUUGAAAAUGGCGGUAAAUCAUUGGAAUCUUGUUGCCCAUUGAAAUUUCGAUCGAUGAGACCAAAAAUGAAAUUUAUAACAAAUAUUGGUUUUCAAAUUGCUUAUGCUAUGAUGUAUCUUGAAAAGAAAAAUAUUCUUCAUCGUGAUUUAACAGCAAGCAAUAUUCUUAUAGAUUCUUAUGGCUUUAUACGAGUUGCUGAUUUUGGUCAUGCAAUUCAAAAAGAAGAAGGAAAAAAUACUCUCGAACGAUCACAAACAACUACUGGAGAAAAUCGAUUUCAAUUUCGUUUUCUUGCACCAGAAUGUUUACCUGAUGUAAAAAAGAGACAAAUACCAGAUAGAUCGACAAUUUUUAAUCAACCAGAUGUUUAUGCAAGAUUUUCAUCGAAGAGUGAUGUCUGGUCAUUUGGUAUUGUAUUGAUACAAUUGAUGAUUGACGAUCCACGCAAGCCAUACCCUAAUGUACCUGACGUAAAUGAAAUACCACGAUAUGUAAAACACGAUGGUAAGAUUCAUCCACAACCACCUGGCUGUCCUUUAGAUAUGUAUUUAAUACUCAAACAAUGUUGGACUUAUGAAGCAAAAGAUCGCAUUCCAUUCACUGAAGUUCGAGAUCGAAUGUUGCUUUUAAAUGGAAUAUUUCAAUGA